AUCAUCGGCAUCGCCUGCUCUGCUGGUGAAGAGCGAAGGCCGAAGGGGCCAAGACCACACGCCUUCCAAGGUCCACACCUACCCCAAGAGCCGCCCGCCCCAUCAGCCGCCACGAUGUGCACCCUGGAGCAGCGCGGCCGCGUCUUCGUCCUCACCCUUACCGGCGACGGCGAGCACCGCCUGGGCCACGCCCUCAUCUCCUCGCUCCGAUCCGCCGUCGCCUCCGCGGCGGCUGGUGCGGCCAAGGCGGGGCCCGGGGCCGCGCUCGUCACCGUCGGCGAGGGCCGCUUCUUCUCCAACGGCCUCGACAUCGGGUGGGCGGGAACCUCCCGCGCGCGCCUAGGCGAGCUCGUCGACGCGCUCCGCCCGCUCGUUGCCGACCUCCUCGCGCUCCCCAUGCCCACCGUCGCCGCCGUCACCGGCCACGCCUCCGCGGGCGGGUGCCUCCUCGCGCUCUGCCACGACUACCGCAUCAUGCGCGGGGACCGCGGAGUGCUCUACAUGAGCGAGGUCGACAUCGGCCUCCCCCUCCCGCCCUACUUCAUGGCCGUGCUCCGCGCCAAGAUCACCGCCGCCAACGCGCUCCGCGACGUCGUGCUCAGGGGCAAGAAGGUCAGGGCCGCGGAGGGCAAGGAUAUGGGCAUAGUGGAUGCCGUCUACCCCUCUGCGCUCGAGACGGCGGACCAGGCCUUCAAGUUUGCCGAGCAGCUCGCGGCGAGGAAGUGGGACGGAGGCGUCUACGCGUCCAUAAGGAUGUCCAUGUACCCUGAGGCCUGCAGGUCAGUUGGAAUCGUCGAGGAGAGCGAUGAGGAGAAGCGGAAGCACUUCGCUUCUAAGCUCUAACUUCGUGAUUGGCUGAUGAGAGGGUUUCUGUGGAAGCAUGGAGGAACCUACACAUUCUGUAUCUGUACAUCGUCCAACCAUUGGCGCUGUCGCUACGUGUGAAGUACACACCGUGUACUUGUGCAGACCUUGUAAUUUUUACUUGCCUGGUAGCGGGAAAUAAAUCGAAGCUCCUCUCACCCUUUCUU